AUGUCCGCGAUGCUCACCAGCAUCUCGAUGGCGGAUGUCAUCGAUCCGGUGACUGCAAUUCUGCAUAUACCGAAGAUGAUCCGCCAGGACGAGUAUGGCUACCGCACCAGCGUUGACGGUAAAGAGGUCACGCCUCUAACUGUCAUACCUCUCAACGAACCUUUCAGAAUCACCAAGGCUGGCAGCCCGUCAUUCAUCCUGAAGCGUUUUCGCGAGGGCUACUACGUCUGCUCUUGCCCCGCCUGGAAGUUCUCCACCGAACGCGACAAGAUGCGAAAGACGUGCGCUCACCUCAAGGACGUCCUCGGCGAGCAGUACGAGACCGAUCGAGUGGCCCUCGCGAAGGAAGCCAAGAGCACCAUCUUCGAGCAUUCCAAAUUCCGCCGCACCACAUCUGACGGCCACCACGCGAGGCAUUCGCACGCUAAAGGCCUGCUGGACGAUCACUUUCGACAAAUGUCGCAGAGCGAGAGCCAGCUCGACGUUCAGGGUACCACUCAUGCCGCAGGACCGUCCACAUCUGCUGCUGCAAGCAGUAGCAGCAAAACGAUCGACAUUAUAGCAUCCGACCGCCCCCGCACCCCUCCUCCCAAAACUUCGGGACUCAGUUCAAAGGCAAAGGCACGCGCAAAGGACGACAGCGACACCGAGACGGAGGACGAGAUGGUCGUCGGCUCGCAAGCAGGCCCAUCUCGCCCGUCCCAAGCUGCGGCGAUAACAUCAACUCAAGCGCGUCAGUCUCGUCCCGCUUACGACGACAGCGAUGAGAAUGAAUACGGUCUCGACCCUGAUGACGUCCAGCUUUCGCCAUCGAAGCGUGCGCGCCGAGGCAAGCGAUCUGCUGUUGAUGACGAUGACAAGGUCUCACUGCUACUCGCAAAGCCGUGGCUGCUGGACGCCGAUCCAUCGAAGCCGCGACCCAAGGCGAUGGAUCCCACGGGUUGGUGGAUCAGCGAAAAGCUCGAUGGCGUGCGUGCCUUCUGGGAUGGUCAGAGGCUCUACUCGCGUCAAAAGAUCGAAUGGAAUGCGCCUCCGUGGUGGAAGGAUCGACUACCGAAGGACAUCACCCUCGACGGCGAGCUCUGGAUGGCUCGAGGAGCAUUCGACCAAACAUCUCAAAUUUGCCGAACUACUGUAAGAUUGGGUCGGCUUCGUACUUUCACUCACUUCAUGGAGCGAGACUCGAUGGAGCGACAGUGGCUGCGCGAGCAGGUUGGCGGGCGCCUGGCUAGCCAAGAUCGGCUGCAUGGCGAGCGAUCUGCCGUCUCGCUGCUCCGCUCGACCGCGCGGAAGCUGGACAAGAUUGCCGCCAAAGAUACGCGACCAGCCAGCGCGAUCCCGUCCCCGUCCGCGUGGAAGACUUGGAAGCGAGCUCAGCCAAGGGCUGCUUCGGGGCAGGUCGAGAGAACGCGAAGAUCGCUCAGCGAAGCGCUCGGUCGCUCUGGCGUCGCUGGCGUCUUCUUGCGGGCGCUCUUCGGACGCAGCUCCACCCUCGUUUCACGCUCGCUGCCAGCUCCGCGCAGCCGCCUUCACCGUCUCGCUCUUUUACGCUGCCCCAGGUGCGGCAAAAUCGUCAAGCGGACCAAGAUACGUGAUGCAGGACUGGCAGAAGAGGAAAGGGCGAAUGCUAAUCAGCUGCUUUCUGUACCUUCCUUGCCCUCUGCGCCUCCGACUCCACUACGCGCAUCAAACACCGUCUCAUUGCGACGGCCCCACAUCUACUCGAUGCGGAACACCUCGACGUCUGGACUUUCGGCUCGAACCAUACCCUCGACAUAUACCCACGUCUGUCGACGCAAAACGAAGAGCUCCAACGAGUGGAACAGGAUCAAGUUCAUGGUCUUCGACUCACCAUCGAUGGGCUCAAGGCCAGUGGAAGAGCGCUGGGCGGAGCUGGAACAGCGUUUCGGAUCCACCGACGGCCUCGACAUCGACUCCCUCGAAGGGCCGCAGAUUAAGCUCGUCAAGCACAUCAAGUGCAAAGGGCGUUCGCAUCUCGCCGAGCUCAUGGAGUCGGUCGAGGUCAAGGGCGGCGAAGGCUUGAUGCUGCGUCAGCCUGGCUCAAAGUACGAAGGCAAGCGUGGCAACACGCUGUUCAAGCUCAAGAACUGGUACGAUGCCGAAGCCGUGGUGACGGGCUACGCGCCAGGAACGGGACGCCACGAAGGACGCACCGGCUCGCUGGUCGCUCAGAUGGCAUGCGGCACCACCUUUCGCGUCGGCACAGGCAUGUCGGAUGCACAGCGAGACAACCCGCCGCCGAUCGGUACCAUCAUCAAUUACCGCUUCUUCGAGCUCAGCGAGGACGGCUAUCCGCGCUUCCCCGCUUUCCGCGGCAUUGCUCGAGACAAAUCCAAGCCCAAGGAUGCAGUUGUGCGGCCACGAGCUGGUGCUAUUCGAGCCGCUGCCGAGGAGAGAUCGUCGCCUUGA